UUUUUUUUUUUUGCUUGAGGAAGAUUGUCACUGAGCUAACAGAGCAGGAAUUUUUAAAAAUGCGGAUGUAUUACUGCCCUGCUGGAAAAAGAGUUCGGUAGCUUGACCUAACUCUUAGGGUAAAAUCAAAAAUCGUCACCAGGGCCUACCUCAGCACAGCGUAGGGAAGCAGUAUAAUAGAGAGUAGUGUUUCCCAGCCUGUGAUUUGAGAGGCAUAGAGACAUAACCAAAUAAUGCUGACUCACAUCAGAUCGAUGUUUCAAUUGUCUUUGUCUUUCUGAUUAUCUCAGAGCAUCCUUUCUGCUUGUAAACCCCCGUCAUGUUCCUUCUUGUGACAACUUUAAAUCUUUUCUGCUCCAAAGUCCCCAGUUUUAUCCAUUUGUCACACUCAGUAGAUGGGCUUUGUAGCUCAUUGGGCCCGGGUUUGACUUCUGACCCUAUUCCUACUAAUUAUGUUAAGUCACUUAACUUUUUUGAACCUCAGCUUUCCUCUGCUAAGUGUUUUGUGUGAAGACUGAAUGAACUUACUUGUGUAAAGGUCCUAGUAUUGUGCCUGUUAAUAACCUGUAACAGUUAACUUUUAUUAUAUUCUUACUAAGUGCCAGGCACUGUGCUGAGUGCUUCAUAUGCAUACUUUCACUUAAUCCACAUAACAGCGCUAGUAGAUUGGUACUAGGAUUAUCUCCAUUUUAGGGAGAACACUGAGGCUUAAAGAGAUUAAGUAGGUACCUUUUCCACAAUCUCACAGCUAAUAAGAGGCCAAAUUGGGAUUCAGACCUAGGCUGUCUGAAUCUGAAAUUCUUGCACUUAACCUCCACAUUGUACUACUGAACGUAUUUGAGAUGCUCAAUAAAUAGGAGUUCCUUCCCUCUUCCUGCCUCCGCUUUCGUCCCUGCCGUUUCCCAGUAUCUGUUUCUGUAUCUUUUUAUGCUUGCCUUCUGUCUUAGAAAAGAAGAAAGACUUUAUUCAUCUUGAGUUGUUACAUCUCUGUUCGCCACACUCUUCUCUGAGAUCAUGCACCCUUCACUGUUGCUUUUCCAGGGCUUUUUCCUUCUCUUCUCAAUGCGUAUUUCCCCAUUUAAAAAAAAAAACAAAAAAACUUCACUUCCUUCCAGCACUGCAUUUCUCAAGAGGCAAUCAUUGCCUUCUGUUCAUUUCUCCUCUACCACUCUCUUCCGUCCCCGCAACCUAGCGUUUCCCUCUCACUAGGAACACAGGAGGAGAAAUUUGCAGUUUGCCCAAAAUAGGAGGAGCGUAAUCUUUUCAUUUGAGGCCAGAGUAAGGGAGUAAAGGAAUGUUACAGAUAAGGGUUAACGUGGAAGAAACACUGGGAAAGUUCAGACCGGUUGAUCCUUCUUGUCUCUGUGAGACAGUAGGCAAGUUUAUCUCCCAGGACUGCAGGGGUUGAGAGAUUGGAAAACCUUCUGAGGGGAGUAGGAGAGAUUGCUGACCAGAGAGAGGCAAAAGGAUUGGUAAAGACCUGCUAGAGGUGGCACCACUGGCCAGGUAGAAGAAGCUGGGCAGGUGUUCCUGUUGAUGAAAAAGGAUUAUCGAAUCUCCCGAAAUGUUCGCCUGGCUUGGUUCCUCAACCACCUGCAUCAAACUGUGCAGGCCACACCCCAGGAGAUGCUGCUUCAGUCUGAACAGGAAUUGGAAGUCCUCAGUGUCCUGCCCCCUGGGUGGCAGCCAGAUGAACCAGUGGUCCCAAGACCAUUCCUCCUUGUACCUUCCACCCGGGUCACCUUCCUGGCUUGGCAGUAUCGAUUUGUCAUUGAGCUGGACCUUAGCCCGUCUACUGGCAUUGUGGAUGAUUCCACAGGGGAGAUCUUGUUUGAUGAAGUUUUCCAUGCCCUCUCCCGCUGCCUAGGUGGGCUGCUUCGGCCCUUCCGAGUGCCUGGAUCUUGCAUCGACUUCCAACCUGAGAUCUAUGUAACUAUCCAGGCCUACUCCUCAAUCAUUGGCCUGCAGUCUCACCAGGUGCUGGUACAGGGCUGCCUUUUGGACCCUUCCCAGCGGGACAUGUUCCUGCAGCAGGUAUAUGAGCAACUCUGUCUCUUUGAGGAUAAGGUGGCCACCAUGUUGCAGCAGCAGUAUGACCCCCAGAGCAAGGUAGAUGACCAGUCCCCAGACACAGGGGAGCCCCCGGGCCGGAAGGUAGGAGUCUCCAUGGUGACAGCUGAUCUUGGGCUGGUCAGUAUGAUUCGUCAGGGCAUCUUGGCACUGCAGUUGCUGCCCUCAAACUCUAGUGCAGGUAUCAUUGUCAUCACAGAUGGUGUGACCAGCGUCCCUGAUGUUGCUGUCUGUGAGACGUUGCUGAACCAGCUUCGCAGUGGCACUGUGGCUUGUUCCUUUGUGCAGGUGGGUGGAGUUUACUCUUAUGACUGCAGUUUUGGCCACGUGCCCAAUGUGGAAUUGAUGAAGUUCAUCGCAAUGGCAACAUUUGGCUCCUACCUGUCCACUUGUCCUGAGCCCGAGCCAGGCAACCUGGGUCUGACUGUCUACCACCGGGCAUUCCUCCUCUACUCCUUCCUGCGCAGUGGGGAAGCCCUGAACCCUGAAUAUUAUUGCGGCUCCCAGCACCGCCUGUUUAAUGAGCACCUGGUCUCCGCCAGCAGCAACCCUGCCUUGGCCCUGCGCCGGAAGAAGCACACUGAGAAGGAGGUGCCAGCUGACUUGGUCAGCACUGUGUCUGUACGGCUUCGAGAGGGCUAUAGUGUCCGAGAAGUCACACUGGCCAAAGGAGGGUCCCAGCUGGAAGUAAAGCUGGUGCUGCUGUGGAAACACAACAUGCGCAUUGAGUACGUGGCUGUGGCGCCCUGGCCCCUGGAGCUCGAGGGCCCUCGAGGAACACGGGUGGAAGUGACAAUGGAAGGUGGCUAUGACAUUCUGCAUGAUGUGUCCUGUGCACUAAGGCAACCCAUUCGCUCGCUGUAUCGCACCCACGUUAUCCGGCGGUUCUGGAACACGCUGCAGAGCAUUAACCAGACGGACCAGAUGCUAGCCCACCUUCAGUCCUUCUCUUCAGUCCCAGAACAUUUCACGCUUCCUGAUAGCACCAAGAGUGGAGUGCCCCUCUUCUACAUCCCUCCCGGCUCCACCACCCCGGUGCUCUCCCUUCAACACAGUGGGUCCGACUCAUCUCAUGCCCAGUUUGCUGCCUACUGGAAGCCAGUGCUGUCCAUGGAUGCAAAUUCAUGGCAGCGUUGGCUGCACAUGCAUCGCCUAGUGCUAAUCUUGGAGCAUGACACACCAAUCCCCAAGCACUUGCACACCCCAGGCAGCAAUGGGCGCUACAGCACUGUCCAGUGCAGGAUCUCACACUCCUCGCUGACUUCUCUGCUUCGCGACUGGAGCAGCUUCGUGCUAGUCGAGGGCUAUUCCUACGUGAAGCUGCUCUCCAGUGCCCCAGACCAGCCUCCCUCCUCGUUCUACAUGGUCCGCAUCAUUUCCAAGGCGCCAUGCAUGGUUCUUCGCCUGGGUUUUCCCAUCGGCACACCAGCACAGGCCCGGCACAAGAUUGUGUCGGGCCUACGGGAAGAGAUCCUGCGACUGCGUUUCCCCCACCGGGUGCAAAGCAAGGAGCCAACACCCAAGGUGAAACGAAAAGGGCUGGGGGGCAUUGGUGGGGGUAACUCUCCCUCCAAGUCCCCGCCUAUGCUGGGGCCACAGCAAGCCCUAUCUGACCGGCCCUGCCUUGUGGUCCUGCAUAAGCCACUGGACAAGCUACUCAUCAGGUAUGAGAAGUUACCUCUAGACUACCGGGCACCCUUCUUGCUGACACUGGAGCCACCAGGGCCACUGCCCUUGGUGUCAGGCCGCUCAGCCUCUUCUAGCCUAGCGUCGCUGUCCCGCUACCUCUACCAUCAACGCUGGCUCUGGAGUGUCCCAUCAGGACUGGCCCCUGCCCUGCCGCUCAGUGCCAUUGCCCAGCUCCUCUCCAUUCUCACUGAAGUCCGACUCUCUGAAGGGUUCCACUUCGCCUGCAGUGGAGAAGGAAUCAUCAACAUGGUCCUGGAGCUUCCAAUUCAGAACGAGCCCCCAGGGCAGGCUGCAGUUGAAGAGAGGCACACAUGCGUUGUCCAGUACAUCCUCUUCCCCCCACACUCUACCUCCACCAAAGACAGCUUCUCAACAGAUGAUGACAACGAUGUGGAAGUGGAGGCCCUGGAAGGAGACUCAGAGCUCAAUCUGGUCACUGAGGUGUGGGUGGAGCCGCAGUACGGGCGAGUGGGACCUGGCCCUGAGAGCUGGAAGCACCUGCAGGACUUGACAUACUCUGAGAUCCCUCAAGCUCUCCACCCUCGGGACGCUGCCUGCAUAGGCUCCAUGCUGAGCUUUGAAUACCUGAUACAGCUGUGCCAGAGCAAGGAAUGGAGUCCCCUGCCCCCAGAGCUGAGAGUCUCUGAUGGAUUGGACCAGGGAGGAGACACCUGUGUCCAUGAGAUCCCCUUCUGUUUUGACCUAAUGGGACUGUUGCCUCAGUGCCAGCAGCUCCAGAUGUUCUUCCUUCUGCUUUCUAGAGAGCCAGAGGGCGUCCCUCUCGCCGAGGGGCCCUGUCCCACCAACGACAUGGUGCUGUGCCUGCUGCACAGCUGCCUGGGGCAGGAGCUGAGUGACCGGGAAAUCCCGCUGACUACCGCUGACCAGGCUGCCUUCUUGAGUGAGGUGCUGCGGCGGACCUGCCACGGUCCAGAUGCAGAGAGGCCACCAGCGAGGGGCCCCGGGAUCCUGAAGGCUCAAGCAGUAAGCAGCACCCAGGCCCCUGGAGACUCAGCUCUUCCUAACCAGAGUGUAGUCCCUCCUGAACCCCUCAAGCCUGUCAUCUCUGCCCAGCCCCCUCAGUGGCGCUGCUAUGCAAGGCUUGUGACACCCCAGCAUGUGUUUCUGACUUUCCUCCCAGCUACCUUCUCAGAUGUCCAGCAUCUGUCUGCCUAUGGCCUAGAGGGACCCUCUCAAGAGGAGACAAAGCCUAAGUUUGGGGAAUGGAGUGGGGCCUCCAGCCUCAAAGAUCUGGGAGGAACUGGAGUCAAGGCCACAAAGUCCCAGGUCCCCAUCCUCAGUGUCACCCCAGCUGGCGAUAGUGCCCAGAAUCCAGGAGAGCUGAGCCCACCCUUCCGUCAGGACUUCCAGGCUUACAGUGGGCGUCAGGCUCCACAGACGGAGAGUACAGAUGCACCCCGAACCCGGUGUCCUGUCUACAUCUACAGCUGUGCCCUGGAAGCACUGAGGGAGCAAAUGCUUGGCAUGCAGCCCCCUCAGGCACCCCGAGACCUCAUCUUCCGGACUCAGUUCCUUGACCAACCAUCCCCAUCCUCAGCCUGGAUGGAGCCCAGGCACAAGGAGGCAGCCAACCAUUGUGCCUUGCUGCAGGAGCAUGCCCAGCGAUGCUACGUCCGUGGGCUGUUCCGGAGCUUGCAGCAAGCACAGAGUGUGUCCUCCCAGGACUUGCUGAUAGCAGUAGAUGCCUGUGAGGAGCUGCUACAAGAAGUAGACAUCACCCCUUUUCUGCUUGCACUGUGUGGCCACACUCGGGGUUUGCCUCAUGCACCCCCAAGCCCUGGUCCUCUCAGCCCUGGGCCCUUCAGCAGCAGCAUCGAGGAGGGCCCUGAGCCUCGGGAACGAACUGUCCUGGCUUCUGAGUCCAGCAUAGAGACCGAGGACCUAAGCGAGCCUGAGUUUCAGAGCACCCGUGUCCCUGGCAAUCCAGACCCUGGCCUGGAGAUCUCUCUAACAGAUGUCUGCCAGCUGAGAGGAGAAGCACAUGAUGCCCUUCACAGCCUCAUCCAGGAGAAGUUCUUGGAGAUCAGUGGUCUCCACUUCCGCACGGUGCCCUCCAAUCCCCACUACUUCUUCUAUUGCCCUCCAUCCAGCAGGCGAGAGGAUGAGGGCCCCCGGGACACAGUAGACAGAAAAGUCAGUGACUUGGAGUUUUCAGAGGCUGAGCUCAUGGGAGAAGAAGGAGACACAUCAGCCUGCUGUGUGGUCACUGAGAGUGACCCAGAACUGGAGGUGGAAUACCGCGAGAGCCGUGAACCAGACCUGGGGCCUGCUGGGCUAGACUCCGCCUCACUGUCAGAUGCAGACACUGUAAACCCUGAUGAAGACUCCUUUAGUAUCCUGGGGGGUGACUCACCCACUGGACCUGAGAGCCUUGUGCAUGACCUGCCACCACUCUUCCUACACCUCACGUGCUCCGUGCGGCUGCGUGGACAGCACAGCUCAGUACCUGUAUGCAGCCUGCCCACCUGCCUGGGCCAAGUGCUUUCCAUUCUGGAGGGCCCCCCCAUUGGAGGCCGAGUGCCCCUGAGGGACCUCAGUGUCACUCUGGACGUCUUCGUGCUGACCUUGCCCCUGGAAGUGGAGCUCCCCCCGACCUCGGACCCUCAGCACCACCGGUCAACUUCUGAGAGCAGUGCUUCAUUCCCACGAUCCCCAGGGCAACCAUCUUCUUUAAGAUCAGAUGAUGGCCUGGGGCCUCCACUGCCACCCCCAGGAGAAGACAGGCACCCAGGACUGUCCAAUUUGGCCGCACCCCACAGACUGGCUGUUGAGACCACUGUGAGUGAGAUCCGCUGGUUGCUGGAGGAUGAGAUGGUGGGGGCACUCCGAAGAGGGGGCAUCCCCCAGAGCCCUGCCCUGCACCGUGCAGCUGCCCACAUCCAUAGUUCUCCUGGACGCUCCACCUGCCUUCGCCAAACUCUGCCACUGAGUUUUGUGUUUGGACCAGAGCGUUCCCUCACGCAGUUCAAGGAGGAGUUCCGCCGCCUCCACCUCCCUGGCCAUGUUCUUCUUGAGGACCCUGACAGUGGCUUCUUCUUUGUGGCAGCUGGCCAACAGCCAGGUGGGUCCCACGGGGAGUCCCCUUCAGCAGCCUGGGCCUGGCACAGCCACGAGGACAAGGCUGAAGGCAUCGAAGGGGAGGCCCUGACAACCAGCCCCCAAGCCCCUGGCUCCCCUGAGGAUUCUGAGGGUCUGCCCAGCCUGCCACCAGGAGGGAGUCAGCCUGGGCCCAGCCGGGGACUAAGCCUUAUGUCCAGUCAGGGCAGUGUGGACUCUGACCACCUAGGUUAUGAUGGUGGCAGCAGUGGCUCAGACAGUGAGGGUCCCAAUGACACCGUCGGUGAGAAGGCCCCCUUCACAUUGCGGACCCCACCUGGGCCAGCACCUCCACAGCCCUCACUGUCAGGCCUCCCUGGGUCCUGCCUGCCUGACUUCUGGCUCAUCGUCCGGGUACUGCAGGAUCGUGUAGAAGUGUAUGCACAUGCACAGAGCCUGAUGCGGGAGGAUGGGGGGCCAGGCACUGAGUGUCGCCACCUGCAGCAGCUCCUGGUGAGGCGAGUUGGCGAGAUCUGCAGGGAGGUCAACCAGCGGCUGCUCCUUCAGGACCUUCAUGACAGUCACGUGUGUAACUCUCUUCUGGUGGCUGAGAGUGAAGAAGAUCUAUGGCGCAGUGAGACUCCCUUCCACUCCCGUCAGCGGCUACUCCUGCCCAGUGAUGAUUAUGCUGCUGAUGAGAGCUGUGCACCGCGAGGGUACCUAGCAGCCACAAUGCAGUUUGUCCCUGGUCAUUUCUCCUGUGACGUUGUGUGGGGAACCGUGAUUCGAGUCCAUUCACGCCUCAAAAUGGGGCCCAGCAUGGGGGUCUCUCGGGCCAUCCAGGCCCUGCGCUCGGUGCUCAAUGCCUUCUCUGUGGUGAACCGGAAGAAUAUGUUUGUUUAUCAGGAGCGAGCAACGAAGGCUGUGUACUAUCUUCGGCUCCUGGAGACAUCCUGCAGUGAGCGGCCAUGGGAAGGCGAUGCUCUGCCCCCUUCCCUAGCUCUGUCCCGAAGCCAGGAGCCCAUCUACUCUGAGGAACCCUUGGGUCCUCGUUCUCCCCUGGACAUGGCUUCCAGCCGCGGUUCAGAUGCUGCUCGUCCUGUGGGCCAAGUGGACAGACAUAUCCAGCUGCUGGUGCAUGGCGUAGGGCAGGCCGGUCCUGAGAUCACAGAUGAGCUAGUGCGGGUUCUGCGUCGGCGCCUGGAUGAGGCCACGCUGGACGUCAUCACAGUCAUGCUUGUUCGGAACUGCAAGCUGACACCAGCUGAUGUGGAGUUCAUCCAGCCCCCGGGAAGCCUCCCCUCAGAGGUGCUGCAUCUGGCCUUACCCGCCUCCUGCAGGCCCUGGCUUCCUGCCCUGGCCUGGUACCUGCGGCAGAACCUGCUCAUCUUCCUACACUCUCCCAAGUACACAGACAGCAACAGCCGGAACCACUUCCAGCAUCCACUCCCACCACACAGUGGCCUCCCCGACUUGGACAUCUACUUGUAUAACAAGCCUGGUGGACAGGGCACAGGGGGUAAAGGGGUUGCCUGCAUCACUCUAGCCUUUGUGGAUGAGGGUGGGGCUCCCAUCUCACUGGCAUCAUGGCCCCCCCCUUCUCCGGGGCCCCCAGACCUACUGCAAGAGGAGGAAUUUGAGCAGCUGACUCAGGUUACUCGCUGCCCAGUUGUGCUGGACAGUUCUUCAGCUCAGAAUGGGGCCCCACGGCUUCGAUUAGAUGUGUGGGAAAAGGGGAACAUCAGUAUUGUGCAGCUGGAGGAGAAGCUCCGGGGGGCAGCUCGCCAGGCCCUGGCUGAUGCCAUCAUGGAACUGCAGCUGCUGCCAGCCUCGCUGUGUACAGAGGACACCUCACCAGGAAGUCUCAGAAGCGGGUCGCUGGAAACCAAGAGCCCUGCAGGCCGAGCUAGCACCUUUCCCCCUGGCCCUGGCCCUGGGGAACCUGUGACUCCCCCCAGCAAAGCUGGCCGGCGUAGCUUCUGGGAUAUGCUGAGUAAAACAGAAUGUGGGGACUUGGGUUCCCCCAAAACAACUGAUGACAUUGUCCUGGAUCGGCCAGAAGACACUCGAGGCCGGAGGCGUCACAAAACUGAAAGUGUUCGGACUCCUGGUGGAACUGAGCGGGCACCAGGCACGGAUCCUGGAGCCCAGAGGCAAAGGCGCCGGACCACACAGCUAGAGGAGGGCGAGGUGGGGACACUGCAGCCUGUGUUUGCUCGUGUCACUCAGCGCUGGAUGGAGUUUAUGGCUCAGAUUGGUUGUGCCUCAGUGUCCAGGAUCUCUACCCACAUGGUGUCCCGGUUCCUCCUUCCAUCCAUCCUGUCUGAGUUCACUGCUCUGGUCACCUCAAUGGCUGGAGACACCAGUGUCCGUGUCUUUGAGCAGCAUUUGGGUUCAGAGCCAGAGAACUUUAGUCCUUGUUCCCUUGGACAACUGGGCCCAAGUCCCCGCCCAGCGGUUGAGCGGCAUCUGCUGCUUCUGGGAAGGAAUUUCUUGCAGUGGAGGAGACCAACCCAGCAGGCUGCCAAAGCCGUGCAGCGCUUCGAGCCAGGAGGCGACGGGAGUUCAGGCCGAAAUGCUCCCCGGCAGAGGUUCUUGCUGCUGGAGGUCUUGGACAAGAAGCUUCAGCUGCUGACCUACAACUGGGCUCCAGACCUGGGGGCGGCAUUGGGCCGAGCGCUGGUUCGCCUCGUGCAGUGGCAGAAUGCGCGUGCCCAUCUCAUCUUCUGCCUCCUCAGUCAGAAGCUUGGACUUUUCCAUCAUUAUGGCCAGUUGGACUUCCCAGUGCGGGAUGAAAAGGAGCCAAACCCAUUCCUACUGCCAACCAUGGAAGCAGAGACCCUCAUCCGGAGUGCAAGCCCCCCACUAAGCCGUGAGCAGGGCCGGCUGAGUGGAUCGUCUCGGGGUGGGGGUCCCCAUCCUCUGGACACAUUCCCCUUUGAUGAGGCCCUGAGGGAUAUCACGGCUGCACGCCCCAGCUCCUCGCUCGGCCCUGUACCAAGACCCCCUGAUCCUGUCACCUAUCAUGGACAACAGUUCCUAGAGAUCAAGAUGACAGAGCGCAGAGAGCUGGAGCGCCAGAUGAAGAUGGAGAACUUGUUUGUAACCUGGCAGCAGCGUUCCACCCCAGCCAGUAUGCCCAUCAGUGCUGGGGAGCUGGAGACCCUGAAGCAGUCCUCUCGUCUGGUGCAUUACUGCGCAACAGCCCUGCUCUUCGACCCGGCUGCCUGGCUGCAUGAGCCCCCAGAGACCUCUGGGCCCCCUGAGGGGCAGCGGCGCCAUCGCCCCGAGUCAGGGUCUGGGAGCCGCGAGGCACCGGCAAGCUGUGAAUCCUCGGAUGUGCCUCCGCCCAGCGCCCGUGAGGAGCCUUGGCUGAAGGAACUGAGCUUGGCUUUCCUGCAGCAGUAUGUGCAGUAUCUGCAGAGCAUGGGCUUCGUGCUGGUGCCAUUGCGGCCCCCCUCACCCGCCCGCAGCACCAGCCGGCUGCGGGCCAUGGCUAUCCUUGGAACAGAUGGUCGGGGCUCCUUCUCCUGUCCUAAAACCAAGACUGAUGGGAGCCCCAAGAGCACUGGCUCCCCAGUCACCACCUACCACCUUCAGCGGGCACUGCCUGGGGGCAUCAUCCUCAUGGAGCUCGCUUUCCAGGGCUGUUACUUCUGUGUCAAACAGUUUGCCCUGGAAUGUUCCCGAAUCCCCAUGGGGCAAGCUGUCAACUCUCAGCUGUCCAUGCUCUUCACGGAGGAGUGUGACAGGGUGCGGGACCUGAUGCACGUGCACUCAUUCAGCUAUGACUUCCACCUGCGCCUGGUGCACCAGCACGUGCUGGGCGCCCACCUGGUGCUGCGGCACGGCUACCACCUCACCACCUUCCUGCGACACUUCCUGGCCCACCACCCUGAUGGGCCCCACUUCGGCCGCAAUCACAUUUACCAAGGGACACUGGAGCUCCCCACACCACUCAUUGCUGCCCACCAGCUGUACAACUACGUGGCUGACCAUGCCAGCUCCUACCACAUGAAACCAUUGAGGAUGGCCCGGCCAGGGGGCCCGGAACAUAAUGAAUAUGCACUGGUGUCAGCAUGGCACAGCUCUGGCUCCUACCUGGACUCUGAGGGACUUCGUCACCAGGAUGAUUUUGAUGUCUCUCUGCUCGUCUGUCACUGUGCUGCACCUUUUGAGGAGCAAGGAGAGGCCGAGCGGCAUGUUCUACGGCUGCAGUUCUUCGUGGUGCUCACUAGCCAACGAGAGCUCUUCCCCAGACUCACUGCCGACCUGCGCCGGUUCCGGAAGCCACCCAGACUGCCUCCGGAGCCAGAGACUCCUGGGAGCUCAGCUGGUAGCCCUGGGGAGGCUUCAGGGGUUGUUCUGGCCCCUGGACCAGCUCCCCAAUUCCCCCCACUGGCUGCAGAGGUGGGCGUGGCACGGGCACGGCUGGCUCAGCUGGUGAGGCUGGCUGGAGGGCACUGCCGUCGGGACACCCUCUGGAAGCGCCUCUUCUUGCUAGAGCCGCCAGGGCCUGACCGGCUGCGACUAGGGGGGCGCUUGGCCCUGGCCGAGCUGGAGGAGCUCCUGGAAGCAGUCCAUGCCAAAUCCAUUGGGGACAUUGACCCCCAGCUGGACUGCUUCCUGUCUAUGACGGUCUCCUGGUACCAGAGCCUGAUCAAGGUUCUCCUAAGCCGCUUUCCCCAGAGCUGUCGCCAUUUCCAGAGCCCAGACUUGGGAACUCAGUACCUGGUUGUGCUGAAUCAGAAGUUCACUGACUGUUUCGUGCUAGUGUUUCUGGAUUCCCACUUGGGAAAGACGUCUCUGACAGUGGUUUUCCGAGAGCCCUUCCCGGUACAGCCCCAGGACAGCGAGAGCCCACCUGCCCAGCUGGUCUCCACCUACCACCACCUUGAGUCCGUCAUCAACACAGCCUGUUUCACCCUGUGGACCCGGCUCCUCUGAGGGACAGACAGACCACUGAAUGUCACUGUUCCUCGAAUCAUGGAUCUAUAAAAUUGCCUACUUGAAGCAGGACUGACCAGCCCUUCUGGGCCCCAGGGCAAGCCCGGACACCGAGAGACACCAGAGGUUUUGUACAUAUAUCUUGGGAGUCUGUAGCCCCAGCCUGGAAGCAGGGGCUGCGCUCCCUAAACACUCACAGCCACUGACCAGCCCAACUCCCUGAGGUGCCCGUCUCCUGUCAGGCCCCUGGGCCCUUCCAGAAGGGGGCUCCUCCUUCCUGCUCACCUGGUGGAGUCCAGGAAUUCUUUGUCCCAGGUGGCAAGCACUCACCCCUUAGAGCUCCUCUGCCUGAAUCCUGCCUCCACAUCUUUGAUUGCUGUCAGCCACCUGCCUCCUUCCACUCCCCAUCUUGAGCCCUCUAGUCUUCAUUUCCCACUGGGACAUCACUGCUGGACAUUGCCAUUGAGAUGAGACACCUUGGUUCCAAUCCCAGCCCUGCUUCUGAAGCACCUGUGACCACAGGCAAAUCCCUUUGCUCUCACACUUUUCGUUCCUCAUCUGUACCUGAGGAGGUGGGCUCAAAAGCUGUCCCCUCUCCACAGCAACACUGGCACAGACUGGAGGACUUGAGCAUGAGCUGUAUGUCCCUUCUCAACAGGAGGGAAGUGACCCAGAGAAACUGAAGGUUUAGACACUGUGUGUCCCCACCCCCAAUAACAUACACAUAUGAAAUGUU